UUUUCACGUUGAUUAUUCAAAAGCAAAGGAAUCAAUCAAAACUCUCCAAUCCCCCACACCUUUUCUUGCAUCUACAACACUAAUUCAUCAUUUUCCUCACACAACCAUUUUCUCCUUUUUUCUUCCUCACACCCAAUCAACACCUAAAAAGCUAAUACACUAACAUGUUCAUGUUCCCUCUCAAAUCAACCUUUCCCUUUGUUUUAAAACUCUCUUCAAUUCAACAUCAUUAGAGUUUAAAGUUCUAACCUCUAAUUUUGAACAUCUCAAACAAUGAAAUAUCCAUUCAUACCCAAUCUCAACUCUCUAAACAACUUGUUCUUCACACUUACCCAAAACAAAACACACCAACUUCAUUAACAAACACAUAAAAAGUGAUUCAUUCAUCAAUUUCAUGGAGAUUCACAAAAACACAACCAGAAAAAGGGGAGGUGCAAAAAAGGAAUUACAACAAGUAGAGAAAAAACAAUCAUCAAAACCAAUCACAACAACAACAAAAAAUCCAAAACUACAAUGGAAAAAGAUGAUGAUAUUCUUCAACACAACAAAAACCCAAAACCCACCUCAAGAAUUUCUAUGCCCCAUUUCCGGUUCUCUAAUGUCCGACCCUGUAAUUGUCUCCUCUGGCCAUUCCUUCGACCGAACCUCCAUCCAAGCCUGUCAAAAUCUCAACUUUACCCCUCAACUUUCUGAUGGCACCACCCCCAAUUUCACAACCCUAAUCCCUAAUCUAAAUCUCAAAUCCUCAAUUUUCAAAUGGACCCAAGCCCAAGCCCAAACCCAAACCCAAUUCCAAACCAACCCAAACUUAACCACUACCGAAAAUCUCGUACGCAAAUUAAUUUCAAUAAAACAUCAACAAAACCAAAACAACGUCGUUUUAGAGAAACACGACAAAGAAAAAACACGACCAAUCUCAAUCUCAAUUACAUCACCACGAAAAACCUCGUACUCAAGUUCAAAUGAAUCCAUUGCAACUGCCACGUCAUCAUCAUCAACAACAACGCCACCACUUCAAAGUUUUUCUUACUCUUCACCUUCUUCCUCCGAAAUCGAACCUUCCACAACACCAGAAGAAGAAGAAAUCGUAACCAAACUAAGAAACUCUCAAAGUUUCAUAAUUGAAGAAGCUUUAAUCUCUCUAAGAAAAAUCACGAGAACGAAAGUUGAAACUAGAGUUCAACUUUGCACCAAUAGGAUACUCUCCUUUCUUCGUACUCUAAUUUCGUCCAAAGACGAAAUUAUAAAAGUCAACGCUCUUGCUUCAUUGGUCAAUUUAUCGCUUGAGAAAGUCAACAAGGUGAAGAUCGUACGGUCAGGAUUUGUUCCACCGUUGAUCGAUGUUUUAAAAUUUGGAUCCUCUGAAUCGCGGGAACACGCUUGUUGUGUGUUCUUUAGUUUAGCGCUUGAUGAUGAUAAUAAAACUGCGAUUGGUGUUUUAGGUGCACUUUCGCCUUUGCUUCACGCGCUUAAAUGUGAGAGUGAGAGGACGCGGCAUGAUUCAGCUUUGGCGCUUUAUCAUUUGUCUUUAGUGAGGAGUAAUAGGGUUAAGAUGGUUAAACUUGGGUUUGUUUCGGUUCUUUUUGGAAUGGUUAAGUCGGGUCAAAUUGACCCGAUUUUGUUGAUUUUGGGUAAUUUAGGUUUUGGGUCGGAUGGUCGGGCUGCAAUGUUGGAUGCGGGUGUUGUGGAGUAUUUGGUGGGAUUGUUGGGUGGGACCGAGUUGGAAUCCGAGUUGACUCGAGAGAGUUGUGUUGGGGUUUUGUAUGCACUGAGUUACGGCGGGUUGAGGUUUAAAGCGGUGGCGAAGGAGGUUAGAUUGGUGGAAGUGUUGCAAAAGAUGGAGAAAAUGAAGAGUGAGAGUGGUAAUGAGAAAGUUAGGAGGAUAUUGGAGAUGAUGGAAGCGAAGGAGGUGGAAGAAGAUGAGGUGGAUUGGGAGGAGUUGCUCGACUCAGGGUUCACUCGUCGAGUUAGUAGUGGGUUGGAUGAGUCAACUGCUAACUCGACCGAGUUAUGAAUACAGUUGAGAUUUUUAUUUUAAAAUAUUUUUUUAAUGUAAUUAUGGUUUUUUAUUUAUUUUUUGUCUAGUUAAUGUUGUUGAAGUCCUAUUGGUUGAAAAUUGGAACUCAUGCUACUUUAUUUUAUAUUUUUGCAAUUUUUCCAUUGUUAUCUUGUUUUGAAGUUGGGUGGAGAAUGGAAAAAUGGAAAUACUCUUUUUUUU